GAAGUACGUGUGUGUGAGUGAGAGAGAGAGAGAGAGAGAGAGAGAGAGAGAGGCUGUAAUCGUGUCUGUCGUGUAAUCGUGUGUGUUGAACAGCCCCUGACAUAUGACUGACUUGUAUCCCUUUUCAGUUCACACGGACUUUCUCCCGGUCGUGUGAGUGCCUCUGCUGUGCUCGGACGCUGCCAUGUUGCUGGAUCCAGUGGAGUUGUGAUGAGUUCCGAGUCUUGAGAGAUCCACAGGAUCCUAUGGGGAAAAACUAGGCUUCUGGACUACCACAGAACUUUUUUUUUAAUUGGGCUUGACCGAAACAGACCUUCAAAUGAAGUCGGACAGCAAGAGGCGCUGAUUGAGUCAAUGAUCAGAUUUGGUGUCUGUGGUUAUAUUUGUUGCUGUGAUUGUGGAUCAGGAGCGGAGGCUGAGUGAGUGAGAGAGAGAGAGAGAGAGAGAGAAGGGGACAUGAGCGCACAGCCGCCGCACAGGAGAGUCACUAACGUGGGCUCCAAGCUACUCUCCGCGCAGCAGAAUGAUGCUCUGUUUACUCACCUGGGCAGAAGAUGCACUGCCCUGUCUUCCACCGUGGUGCAGGUGUAUGCAGCAGAAGGAAAUUCAUCCUGGAAAAAAAGAUGUUGUGGUGUGGGCUGUCUGGUGAAAGACAGCUCUCAGCGAUCGUACUUUAUCAGAGUAUUUGAUAUCAAAGAUGGCGUAUGCUUGUUUGAACAGGAGCUGUACACAGGCUUUGUAAUGAACUGUUCCAAACCCUUCUUCAUGACCUUUGCAGGAGAUAAGUGUCAGAUUGGCUUCAACUUUGCUGAUGAGCAAGAGGCCAAACAAUUCAGAGUGGCAACCAACGAGCUGGCAACGAGAAGACACAGGAAAACUGAAAAAAGAUCUGUGCCACAAAAUGAGCCUACACUGCCGAUGGCAACAGUGGACAUCAGGAACCCUGAGAUCAACAAUGUCCGAUAUACCAACAGUUAUCAAGUCAACAACAACCUCUCCAGCAACUUUAAAAAAGACAAGGGCAAAGGCAAAAACAAAAAGAAGAAAAUCACAAAGUCUGAAAUUGGCACACCUAGCAACUUCCGGCAUGUUGGACAUGUAGGCUGGGAUCCUAACACAGGAUUCGAUCUUAAUAAUCUAGACCCAGACCUGAAGAGCCUGUUUGACGUGUGCGGUAUUUCUGAAGCCCAGCUAAAAGACAGGGAGACGUCAAAGGUUAUCUACGACUUUAUCGAGAAAAAAGGAGGCGUGGAGGCUGUAAAGAGUGAGUUCCGAAGACAAGCCCCUCCCCCUCCCCCCUCUCGAGGUGGUCCUCCUCCACCUCCUGCCCAUAGCUCAGGUACUCCUCCUCCUCCACCCCCAUCCCGUGGGCGAGGAGCUCCGCCUCCCCCACCUCCCUUCAAAGCUCCCACUUCUGCUCCUCCUCCUCCUCCUCCUUCCAGACCAGGCAUGGGAGUUCCACCUCCUCCUCUUCCAACGAGAGGCCCCCUGCCACCUCCACCUAUGCCUGCAUCCAUGGCUUCACAGGCCCCACCUCCUCCACCUCCACUAUCCUCUGCAGGAGGAGGAGUUCCACCUCCUCCUCCUCCACCUCCACCCCCGGGACCACUUCCACUCAAUUCUGCUCCUCCAGGAUCGGGUUCAGAGGGAAGGUCUGCGCUCCUGGACCAGAUUAGAGAGGGGGCGGCGUUGAAGAAAGUUGAACAAGGGAACAAGACGGUAACAAACAGCGGUGGUCGAGGCGCUCUUUUAGACCAAAUUCGACAGGGCAUCCAGCUCAAAACAGUACCAGAUGGUUCAGACCCAGCCCCAGCAACUCCCGCCCCCUCAGCAGGCAUUGUGGGAGCUCUGAUGGAGGUGAUGCAGAAGAGGAGCAAAGCCAUCCACUCUUCAGAGGAAGAUGAUGAUGAUGAUGAUGAUGACUUUGAGGAUGAAGAUGAAUGGGAAGACUAACAGCACUUUCUCCCUCCCGCUGAUCACGGGGUCUGAAAGGAAAACACUAAACUGUUUUCAGUCUCUGAAUCGUGCUCCGAUUAUAAUUUAAAUGGUUAUCUCCUUGCUUUUCUAUUAAUCUGUGUAAUACCUCAUUUCAUCUGAAAAUGAACCAUUUGUCAUGGUUUGUCUUACUACAGGUUUCUUUUCUUUAUCCUCCUCUUCUCAGAUUACUGUGCAGUUUGCAUCAUGUUUUCUUGACUUGCAGAGUCGAAUGGGUUUUUUUUUCUGAUCCAUCUUUUACAGAAAGUCAAAGGAACAAAUUUAAUGUUGGCAACUUUUACUGGAAGCAGGAACACUAUCUUCAUGCAGCAUUCUUCUGUACCUCACAUUUUCUAAAUUCAGAUUCUAGCAUGGUGUCAUUAUUUUCUUAAAAUAUUAAAGUUUGAAUCUUAUAUUUUUACAUACAUUAAAGUCUAAAUCUGCUAUGUGAAUAGAGAGUAAUAUCACAGAUAUAUGCAAAAAAAAAAAAAAAAAACGUAUCAUGCUUGAGGAAUUCUUACAACAGUUGCUCUAGCAAUUGUAGUUUUUGGUUCUAGUUAUCUUUCCUUUUUUUUUUUUUUUUAAAUUAACCAGAGACCCAGAAAUAUUUUAUUUCUGAUAUUCUGAGAAUUGUUGGUUUAUUUUAGUCAAUUCAGUGUUCAUGUAUUUAAAAAAAAUAAAUAAAUAAAUGUCAGCUCAGACUUCAUUUGUCAUGCUAAUGACAGAUAUGCUGUGAUGCUUUACUAAUUCCGCAUAAAGAUCCCAGUCAUGAAUCUGACUACAGGCUACAUGCAUUCUUUUUACUUUUUUUUUUUUUUUUUGUCUGAGAUUUAUGUUUGUAGCAGGAAACUGCAAAACAUCGGAUAUUGGAAGUGUUGAGAUGAGAUUUAUUAAAUUGUGCACUCAAAUAAAUGUCAAUAUUUACACAGUGUUUGCGAUUGCA